AUAAGUAGGAGUGAACCCUCUCGCGGUGGAUAUAGAGCAAUAGGUCGGUGGUCUUGUAUUAUAAUCUCCAAUUCUUGCUCUAUAGUUAGACCCCAAACGGAGACGGCGUGAUUUCCCUUUUAUACCGAGUCCGAACUAUUAUGGCUGAUAGCACCAACCCGACGGUGUACGACAUUUUUCAAAGCAUGGAGCAGGGACCGGCUGCAGCUAGUAGCACUGCCACUGCUCAGGCCUGGCUGGACCAUCACUCCCGUUCUCUGGGUUUCUUCAUGGAUGGGAAGUUCAUCCUGCCAGCAGACAGACGGAGCCUCUCCCUGACUGAUUCCAAAGGCGGUGUCGUGUGCAGCACGGCGUGCGCCGAGGACGCCGACGUUUCCCAGUGUGCUUCUUCUGCCGCCGCCGGCUGGAUGUCCUGGAGCAGCCUGAGCUGCUCCCAGAGAGCCAAGGCCCUGCUGAGGUUGGUGGGCGUCCUCGGGCUGCACGGUCAGUGUGUGUCGGAGCUGUGUGCGCUGUGUGAGGCGUCCUGUUCGCCCGCCGCCCUGGUCAGGCUGCUGCAGUACUACAGCGGCUGGGCUCAGCUCAGAGACACGCUCAUACCCGGCUGGACGCCUGUCGGCGUGGUUGUAGUCGUCUCUUCUGAUGAUUGUUCUCUCUAUUCUCUCAUGCUCAGAGUCCUACCGGCGCUGGCCAUGGGUAACUCGGUGAUUGUCGUUCCCGGUCGGAGCGCCGCCCCUCCAGCGCUUCUCUUAGCGCAGCUCUUUACCGCAGCAGGGCUUCCUGCCGGGACUCUUAACAUCCUAACAGGAAGUGAUGUCACGCUGGGCGCCAAAGUGUCCCAGAAUCCCGACGUGAGAUUGAUCGCUUACUGUGGCAACAAGCAGGAUGGGCUGGCUCUGUGUAAGGCCUCAGCGGGGAUGGGCAUCCCCGUGUCUGUCUCCUCAUGCGUUGGUGCCACCUGCCCCUUUAUCAUCUUCGAGUCAGCUGACAUUGACAGCGCCGUGGAUGAAGUCAUACAGAUUGCUUUCAAGAAGAAGAACGAGGUCCACUGGGUGCUGUGUGUUCAGGAGAGCGUGUCGGACAGCGUUGUGGCCCGGCUAAAGCUGCGCAUGGCGGACAUGAAGAGUGUACCACUGAGCAGCGACGCGGACAGGGUCCUGGUGGAUGCUGCAGUACAGGAGGCUCUCCAGCAGGGGGCGACGCUGGUCCAGCCCUGCGGUGCCAGUAGCGGGGCCCAGUACCCGCCCACGGUGCUCUGUGGGGCGGCCCCCUCCUCUCCGUAUGUGGUCUCCCCCCCUCCUGGACCGCUGCUGCCUCUGCUGACGUUCAGGAGCAACACAGAAGCCGUGCUGCUGGGGAACCACAGCCCUCACGGCCACGCAGCGUCCAUCUGGACUGAAGACCUCACUCUGGCUCUGGAGACCGCCAAGAGUCUGUCUGUGGGCUCGGUGUGGGUGAACUCGAGCUCCGUCUCAGAUCCCUGUUUUCCCGUUUCCGGUCACAAAGACAGCGGAACCGGCACCGACGGAGGACAGGAGGGUCUGUACCAGUUCCUGCGUCCUUCCUUUUCGUCCGCUCUUCCUCGCCCGUCUCCUGUUUCUUUGGAAUACUCAAAGUUUGGAACAGAAGCUGCCCAGGUUGUUAUUCCUGAUAGCCCAAACGGUGACAGCAUCCCUCAGUCAUACCCUCAGUUUGUCGGCGGGAAAGCAUGUAAAUCGGUGUCAGGCUGCAGUGUGGCUGUUCAGGCACGAGGGGGCGACAGCGUACUGGUCUUUUGUCCCGAUGGAGGCCGCAAAGACGUCCGGAAUGCCGUGGAGGCUGCGAUCAAAGUUCAACCUGGCUGGAUGAAGAAGAGUCCGUCUGCACGCGCUCAGUCGCUCUACUCUCUGGCUAAGGGUUUGGAAUCCAGGAGGAAGGAGGUUUGUGCGUCGGUCGGUGCCCAGCUGGGGGUUCCAGCCAAGGAAGCAGACAGAGAGGUGGAGCUCAGCAUUGGCCGGCUCAACGUCUGGGCGGCGUACUGUGACAAAGUACAAGGUGGCUCCCCGCCCAUGACCCAGUCCGGCGCUGCGCUCUCCUUCCCCGAACCGCUGGGGGUCGUCGGGAUCGUCUUACCCGACGACGCGCCCCUCCUCUCCCUGGUAACCGUUCUCGGGGCAGCCAUCGCAACAGGCAACGCGGUCGUCAUGGUGCCCAGUCAGAGGUUUCCACUCCCCGCAUUGGCUUUUGUUCAGGUGCUCCAGUCCUCUAACCUGCCUGCAGGUCUGGUGAACAUCAUCACAGGAAAUCGAGACCAGCUCACGGUGGCGCUGGCUAAUCACAGCGUCAUCAAGGCCAUCUGGUACUGGGGCAGCGCCCAGGGGUGUCAGUACCUGCAGCACACCUGCACCAGCCCGCUGAAAACCCUCAGGCUGUCCUGGCAACAGGCCGGGGAGGGGCGCGGCGCGGCCCCAGACUGGGCUCAGCCUCCCCCGUCCCUGCUGGAAGACCUGUGGAGAAACGCGGUCCAGUGGAAAAGCGUGUGGAUUCCGACCGCGUGAGACGCCGGCCCCGUCCAGCAGCAGAGAUGACAGAAGGAUGUUUGGUUAUUAGUUCUGGCAGGAGGAGGAAUCAGGUUAAUUAUUAACAGCAAUAUGCAAGAUGAUUUACUCACUUUUUACAUUCUGUCCAAAAUAUAUCAAAUAUAUGAGGACCAUUUUUUUAUUAUUAUUAUUCACACAAUUUUUUUUCCACUGUGAUCGAAAUGAGCAGAGGCGGUAAUCCUUCAUACUGUCAAAGUAAAAAGUGCAAUUCAAACUGAACGGUGCUGACAUGAUGUUAUAUUUUGUGUUGAAAUCAUUUCAUUUCCUCUGGAUUUAUCAGUGUUACACACAUAUUGGAUAAUGCUAUUAAAAAUCUGACAGUUGUCAGUAAGGUGUCGGCCUUAAAGUCUGAGACAUUGGGCUCGAUUUGGCCAAACCGCAGCAGGGUUAGUGGGCGGGGCUUGUAUCGCAUGGUUUCAGCUCAUUUACUCUCAUUUUGAGUUGAAAUGUCUGGUCUUAAACACAAUGUGGUUAUUGUGACUAGCCUUUGUUGAAAUAUCACUGUUUUAAUGAGUACUGUACCAUCCAGAAGUCUUCUGACCCUUUGAAUAUUUUAAUUACCAUAACUUUUUAACCCAGAGGCGCACCGAUAAGAUUCUUAAUUUUAGAUGAUCGGCGGUCGGCCGACUUCUUACAGGUGAAACCGAUAUUUUCUACCUCUGCAAAGAUUGUUGUCACUAUAUUUGGAGACAUUUCAAAUGGGGAUGCAUGAUAUAUCGGCGCUACAAUCAGUAUCAGCUGAUAUUAAGAAUUUCUUUUAACAUGUCAGUAUCGGUCCGAUUAAUAAAACUAGGCCGAGAUGAACAACCGAUUUUUACUUUCUGUUUCUGGUCUCAUCAGUAGAGAAAUGUUAUUAGAGAAAUAUUAGUCAUAUAAAAAAAAUAUCGGCCAUCCCUAAUUUGAAACAAAAAAAAUCGAUAUUGGCUGGUGAAGCUUUUUAAAAAUUGGUGAUUGGCCAGGAAACUGCAACUGGUGCGCCACUAGUCUUAUUUAUUUUUUCUUGACAAAUGAACAUAAAUGGCACAUAAUUAUGAAGUUAAAAGAAGAGAAUUUACAAAGUCAAGUUUGUACACUUGGAUUAGGCGACCUCUGAAAGGAUUUUAUUGCACUUGAUUUUAUUCAAGGUUGUCAGAGUGAAGGACCUGAGUACCAACUUUGCCAGAGAUUUGUUUGAUUUUUAUGACAUCGUAUCCUUCUCUUUUCACUUCAAAAUGACGCACUAUUAUCAUGUCGGCCUGUCAUGUAAAAUCCCAAUGAAAUAAACUGAAGUUUGUGGUUUAUAACGUGACGAAACGUAUAAAAGAUUCAAGAAGUAUCAAUACCUUAACAAGGUACAUAUAUGCAGUUUUGAUCAGUCUAACGUCUUACCUAACUGCCUUACUGUUACACUCCAGAAGUCUAUUCAGACUGAAGUGUCAUCAUCAUGGGGUUCAGAAUGACUUGUAGUGUUAACUGCUUAAAGUGACUGAGCUUAGUCUUCCCAGGAGGCUCUGUGUUAAGAACAGUGGCAUAUUCAUGGAACUGUGCCUGCAUCUGUGGCCAAGUGUAAACAGGACUGUCAGUGAGUUAGCAAAAAAAAAGCUCACUCAGUUAAAAAUGACUGUACUUUUUGCUUGUAUGUCUUUAUUACUGCACCAUAGAACUGUAACAGAGGCCAUAGAUUCACUAUGCAGUGUAAGCAUUCUCUUCAAGGUGUGAAAAUCUGUGUUGAAAUUGUGAAAUUAAAUGUAUUUUAAAAUGUUUGUUACCACAGACCCACCAGGUACGUUUCUGUCCUAAGCCCUAAAUUAAAUGAGAAUUACACAAAGUAUGCAAGUUGUUGUGUAACUUGAUGCUUUUCUUAAAUGCAUUUCUGUAUGCUUACCAGAUUUCACUUGUAGAUUUGUUGCUUUGAGUUUACAAAUUUAGAAUAAAUUUUAUUGCUAGUUUAUAUUUUA